GGGGAUUUUUAACAUAUUGUACUCGGAAAUUGGUGCAUGCUGACAGUUUGAAGUUUCUAUGAUGGCUGUCGACGUUAAAUCCAGAACUAAACGAUAUGAAAAACUAGAUUUUCUCGGAGAGGGUCAGUUUGCCACUGUCUACAAAGCCAGGGAUAAAACCACAAACACUAUAGUUGCUAUAAAAAAGAUAAAAGUAGGCCAUCGUACAGAGGCCAAGGAUGGCAUCAACAGGACAGCCCUCCGUGAAAUCAAGCUGCUUCAGGAGCUCAGCCACCCUAACAUAAUUGGACUUCUUGAUGCUUUUGGACACAAAUCCAACAUCAGUCUGGUGUUUGACUACAUGGAGACUGAUCUUGAGGUUAUUAUAAAGGACACCAGCCUGGUUCUGACCCCAGCCAACAUUAAGGCCUACAUCCUAAUGACCCUACAGGGCUUGGAGUACAUGCACCACCACUGGAUAUUACACAGGGACCUGAAGCCCAAUAACCUGCUGUUGGAUGAGAACGGGGUCCUGAAGCUCGCUGAUUUCGGAUUGGCCAAAGCCUUCGGGAGCCCCAACAGAGUCUACACGCAUCAAGUGGUAACGAGGUGGUACCGCUCCCCCGAGCUGCUCUUCGGGGCCAGGAUGUACGGAGUAGGUGUGGACAUGUGGGCUGUGGGCUGCAUCCUGGCAGAGCUGCUCCUCAGGGUCCCGUUUUUACCCGGAGACUCGGAUCUGGACCAGUUAACCAAGAUAUUUGAAGCACUGGGCACCCCAACGGAAGACUUGUGGCCUGGAAUGACCACGCUUCCCGACUUUGUGUCCUUCAAACUGUUCCCGGGAACGCCACUGGAGCACAUAUUCAGCGCAGCCGGGGAUGACCUGCUGGAGCUACUGCAGGGCCUGUUCACCUUUAACCCCUGCGCCCGCAUCACCGCCACACAGGCCUUGAAGAAGCGGUAUUUCAGUAACAGACCUGGGCCCACCCCAGGCCCCCAGCUGCCCCGACCCAACUCCUCUGCAGAGGCCCUAAAGGAGAAGGAGAACCUCACCAUCGGCGUGAAGAGGAAACGCGACACUAUAGAGCAAGGGACCCUGAAGAAGAAGUUGAUUUUCUGAGAGGGGUGACAUGAUGUGGUGGUCCCUGUUAUUGGGGGACCCGGACUCUGCUGAUGCUGCUGAAAAAAAGGUCCCUAGGGGCCCCACCCUCCUGGGGGCCCCACAUGGGGCCCGCCUGGGAAACAGGGCCCCACUGAGGUCACAAUACUGUCUGAGCCCCUUUAGCGCAAAUAUUUAUGAGGUACAGGUGAGAGUUAGGAUCAGAAUUCAUUUCAUUUAGAUAUUUUCCUUUUAUAAGCUGACUUUUGUACAUAUUGUAAGUGAAUAAACUUGGAGAUCUGAAAUCUAA